AUGGGGCAACUAGGGAUGCAAGUACCUUUGGCGCAGCAGCUCCGAUUCUACAAGCCACCGUCUUUUGCGGAGGAGGUUGAGGAACAGAGCAAUAAAGAAGAGUGUGGGAGCGGUAAGGUUGUUUCCCAAGUGGGAUUUCCUGAAUUGGCCACACCAGUGGCUCAGAACCCUGAAAAGUUCAGACCAAAGAGAGCUGUUGUUUUGAUCUGCCUCUUUGAAGGGGAUGUCGAUGAUCUUAGGGUUAUAUUCACUAAGCGCUCUUUUAAGUUCUCUUCUCACUCCAAUAGGUCCUGUAUUUUUUGGGAGUAUUUAGAGGAAGAAGAUAAGGAUGAUGGGGACAUUGCAAAGGAGGAAAUUGGGUUGGACCCUGAAUUUGUCAAUGUUUCUACUGUUCUUGAACCAUUCUUGUCUAAUGUGUGCUAUUUUAUUUGA